GACUUGAUGAAGCUAGUAACUUUUCAAGCCCAAUGACUCCGUUUGAUGGUCAUGGGUAAAAAGACGGUCCAUGCGGACUGCUCAUAUCUCUUAGCUGAUUUGUACGUUCGACCCACAACAAAAUUAAAAUAUUUCCUGUAACGGUCCAGUUGCCCAUCCAUCCAAGUCCGUUCGUUUUCCUUUCGUGUUUACGUGUCAAACAGGGAAACGAGAAGGGACAGUUCAUAGCUGGCUAUACAGUUACAGUCCACUAUUCUCAAUGCGUACCCAGUACGAGAAUUUAAACAAGUUUCUCUCAUUUUCCUUUCACAUCAAUUCUCUCCUGAACAAACGUGAACUAGCUUGAAAGCCAUGGAAUCUAGAGGCUUGAAGACACCGUUUGUGUUUGACAACGAAGAUCAUGAUUCCUACAAAACUUACCGUUUCAAAGUCUUGUUACCCAAUGGGCUAACUAUGAAAGACAAUGAGCCAGAAAUCACGUUUCAAUGUUUCAUAGGCUUGAUCAAGGACGAGUAUAACGUCCUUAGACGCCAAUCAGAGUAGUUUAGACGGAAAAGAAUGAUAAAUUGGAAGAGUGAAAAGUUAUAUCUUGAGGAUGCAAACGACAGGAAAACCAGGAGCCGAAUCAACUUGCGGCAUUUUCAACCUCAUUAGUGUCACUUUCUACGCCUUCAUGAUGGUUCUGGAGAAAUUUCCAAUACUUUUGAGUUUUGUUGGUUUGCAGAAUAUGUGGGAUUUGACACCAGAUACAGAUUUGUUAAGGGAGUUACCAGAAGAAUACACUUUUGAAACUGCUCUUGCUGAUUUGAUUGACAAUUCCUUGCAAGCAGUAUGGUCAAACGGAGACAAAAAUAGGAGAUUGAUAAGUGUGAAUGUUCUUGAGGAUAGAAUCUCAGUUUUUGACACUGGGCCUGAAAUGGACAACAGUGAUGAAAACUCUAUUGUGAAGUGGGGAAAGAUGGGUGCCUCUCUAAACAGGUUAUCUAAAGUACGUGCAAUAGGCUGCAAACCUCCAUACUUAGCGCCCUUUUUUGGCAUGUUUGGAUAUGGAGGACCUAUUGCAUCCAUGCAUCUAGGGAGCUGUGCUAUAGUUUCUUCAACGACCAAAGAAUCCAAGGAAGUUUAUAUGUUACAUCUUGCACGACAGGCUUAACUCAGCAAUUCUGGUUCUGAAUGUACUUGGAGGCAUUAAGGAUCCUUCAGACGAUGAAAUUGCGAAAUCACCCCUGGGGAGCUUUACAAAGGUUUACUCUGCUGCACCCCUGGGGAGUUUUUGAGGCUAGAUCCUGCAUGCUUGUUGCCAUGUUCCCCAUUUAUUAUAUUACAGGUUGUGGGCGUAAUGAUGGUACUCUGUUGUGAAUUUGUUUUCUUCUUUUUUUUUUUCUUUUUUUCUUUCAUGAUCUUCUAUUUCUUCAUUUGCUGGGAUAAAAAAUUUGGUGCUUAUUGUGAUAUUCCAGUCACCAUGGUUAUUUAGGACUGUUGUCCAUUUCACUGUAUGUGUGGCAUUAACUUGCUUGAACCUGUGUAACUGGUCAAACACUGUAACUCUAUAUAUUCAGCAGUUCAGAUUUCAAUGUUAUCAUACCCUCUUAAUAAUGAUUAUGGCAUCUUAGUAUUAAUGAAGAAAUUUAUGAAAAUUUUAU